GUCAUGUAAUUGCGCUGUGUGCUAGGGAAGUUAAUCAGUCGUUGGGCCGUCGCAAUUAAGACAGUGUAGUUUAUUUUAGACGUUCAAAAGCGUGUGUACGACGGACAAAAAGAUCGAUUCUCCACGAAAGUUUCACAGCUAGAAGCAGUCGUUUCUAAUGGUCCAAUAACAAAAAUGGAGAAUGAGACAAGGAACGACGAUGACUUAUGGUCAGGAAAAUGUUUCAAGGAUGAUGGUGUUUAUUAUUCGCUACUCGUCGUCGUCUCUUUCUUAACUACAUACAUAAAUCUUGAUGUUAUCUUCACCAUGGCCUCCAACAAAAUGCUUCAGACGAAGAGAAAUGCAUUCCUGCUUAGCCUCAGCGUUUCAGAUCUCAUGACCGGACUGGUUUCCAUUCCCCUUCAUAUCGCCUCGAACUGUCUUAAUCAGCAGUUGCAAACUCUAAUCUUGGCACAAGCCAUCUGUUUCCGCUUUUUGGCGAUUUCAACCAUGCUGAACAUCCUCAUGAUUACGAUCGAAAGGUAUAUUGGGAUACUCUAUCCCAUUAGAUACCAAGUUAUUCUCACGAAGACUCGCAUGUGUAUUCUGGUCACGUUAUCGUGGGCGACUUCGAUCUCGGCAGCCCUCGUGUCCUGCUCGUGGCUUAUUACAGUGCCAGCCGGCAACGAAAACGUCCCUAUGAGAGAGGCUCAAUUCGAAAGAGCCUAUUUCCUUUUCUCAUUUGUGACAUUCUUUAUUCUACCACUAUUCACAAUGGCUAUCCUGUACGCCAAAAUGUUUCGUACUAUCUCCAAAGCAAAGAGUCUCGAAUCGAAGGCGCGGACGUAUUUGAAAAAAUUCGAGCGUUCGCAAUCUUCCACACCGCGAAGUCACCUCGAGAUACGAAUCACGCGCCCACGGAGUGUUACAGUUGAUUCCUAUUUGAACCGUCCGUCUAGGUCUGAUUACUUCCAAACAUUAUCACAGACUCCUACGAGCAUGCGCAGCAGUUCACAUUUAGCUGUUCAUGAAAAUCUGGGUAGUCUUCCGUCUUCUCCACAUUGCUGUGAAACCCAAUUACCGAUGCUUAUCACGGCACAAAAAGAUUCAUCAAAUAAGCUGUCUGAACCGAAGCAUGCACGACGUUUUCCGAAGUCCCCUCAUCUAGAGCUACCUGUUAACGAGGCAAGUCGUUAUCCCAAACAUCAUGGAUCUUAUGACCGCUUUCUCAACGUAAAAAACAAGUUUAAGUCAACAACUUGGCUGACAAACUCGACCCAGUCCAUCGAGCUAACAAGAAGUGCAGAGCCUAUAGGGAAAUACCGAAGUGAUGACGUAAUCAUUAAUCGUCGAAAAAAAGAACACUCUUCGCUUGCUGACAGAUUUUCCGAUGUGUGCGAGUCAGCAGUGACAAAACUGCGCAUGCUUAGACAUGGAAGCAGUGAGGACCGUUGGAGUACAACAAAGAUCAAAGGGGAGCAUCGUGUACUCUUGGUAUUCGUGACAAUGUUGUCGGUGUUCGCUUUGAGUUGGAUAUCUUGGUACAUAGUGGUCCUCGAUUUUAUGUACGGGGUCCACAUACCGUCAGUGGUGUUGGAUUGUUUUGACAUCUUACGCUUCUCCGUCUCAUUCGUCAACCCCAUUUUGUAUACGUUUUUCAAGAACGACUUCCGCUCUGCGUUCAAAAGGAGAUUGCAGAAACUUUUUGUGCCCGCCAAAGACGCCAAAUACAAACAAGAGUCGAAGGAAAAACUCAAAUGCUAAAUAAAAAUUUUGCAGUAGCAUUUCAACAAUCAAGAUAUUAACUAUUACUACAAGCACGUAACUCAUGUAAAUCGUUACUCUAUCACUCCGUGCAUAAACAAAAUCGGUAGAUGAAACCGCAUGCACUUUCGCUAAUAUAUACCAAUAUAUCCGUGAGCAGGGCUUUGAAUAGUCAACAGCAAAUGUAUUAGAUGCAAAAAAUUUUGAUUCACUGUUCACAUGACGUAAAUUUUAUACAAAAAGCUCUAAACUAAAGUAUCACCAGUAUCACCCUACGCUGUGGCAAAAAAUUCAAAGUCUCAUCACAAAUUUGCUGUAGAGAUUGCUUGUCUUUGUGUACACUUCAUCUCAAAAUAACAAGUCUUUCAUGCGAGCAAUAUCGCAAUCGCAAAUUA